GCAGUUCAUCACGUGAAGCUCCAUCGCUCCUCACUUGUGGCUUGCGGUUCAGCAUUCAUGACAGGGAUUAAUGCGAAUCUUCGAUUUGACGCCCUGCAAGGCAGGAUCGAACGCAAAUUCUUUAUAAGGGAGGAACCUGCUCGAGUUCCUGCAUCCUUAAUCAUGUCGAAGGCGAGACAUUUUCUACUUCUUACAUCUCAGAUUCAAUAUGGCUUUGCCCCCGCCAGGUCCCCGGUGAUCUGAGCAAUGAUAGACAACUUAUUUCCCCACCAGACGACAGUACAUCCUCGUUGGCUUGGUCACCAGUCGAGAAUUACCUUGCUGUUGGAUCUUGGGACUGCAAAGUCCGCAUCUACGAUAUUACGAAAAGCCGGACUGGCGUCGUUGCAGCUGCAAUUGAAUUUGGGGGACCAGUGCUCAGUUGCCACUGGUCAGGAGUCAGUGUUCUUCUUCUCUUCACCUUCAAAAUCUGAUGAUGUAUUUCGUCAGGAUGGUCAAAAGGUUGUCGGAGCAGGCGCAGACAAAACUGCUCGAAUAUUAGAUCUCGGUGCGAACGGAGCUCCCGCGCAACAAGUUGCCGCCCAUGACGCUCCUAUCCGAUCUGUUCGAUUCUUCGAUGCGCCAAACACCAAUGCCCCUAUGGUGGUUACAGGUAGUUGGGAUAGAACAGUUGAAUUUUGGGACCUGAGAUUAGCAACCCCAGCAGCGCAGCUAGCUCUUCCUGAAUGGGUGUAUGCUCUGGAUGCGAGGAACAAGCUGCUUGUUGUUGUAACUGCAGAUCGGCAAAACCAUUUUGUGAAUCUAGAACACUGGGGUGCGAUAUGGAGAACAAGACAGAGUCCGCUCAACCACCAGAGCAGGGUCGUCACAUGCUUUCUCGAUGGGUCUGGCUUUGCCCUUGGAAGUAUUGAGGGCAGAGUUUCGUUCCAGUACACUUCUGAUCAAGACCAUUCCAACAAAUCUUACUCCUUCAAAUGCCACCGCCAAAAAGACAAACCAACCGACAAUGUAACGAACGUGUGGACCAUCAACGAUAUCUCGGUUCAUCCAAUUCAUGGUACCUUCAGCACGUGCGGUUCUGACGGCACCUUCCAAUUCUGGGACAAUGAGACUAAGUGCAGGCUGAACCUGUAUCCAGGUGUUGAGGGACAGAUUUCUGCGACGGCGUUUAAUAUGAAUGGAAAGCUCUUUGCUUAUGCAGUUAGCUAUGAUUGGAGUAAGGGGUAUUUGUUUAAUACACCAGAUCUUCCUAAUAAGAUCAUGCUGCAUCCUGUUGUGGAGGAUGACUGUAAGCCCAGGCAGAUUAUUGGAAGGAGAUGAAUGAGUUGGCGUGGCAUGGGAAUCAUGAGGGGUCAGGGCAGGC